AUGUCGCUGCUCUUCUUCCUCAUGGCCUUUGUUAACACCAUCAUCGACAGCCUGAAGGACUCGCUGGUCAUCACCGCGGUGGGCGGCGGCACCGAGGUCAUCCCCUACCUCACCGUCUAUGCCGUGCUGCCCAUGUCCAUGCUCUUCCUGGUGGCAUACUCGUGGGGCACGCAGCGCUUCAGCCGCGAGAAGCUGUUCAACAUCAUCAUCGGCAUCUUCCUGACCUUUUACGCCGGCUUUGCGAUGCUGUACCCCCACCACGAUGCGCUGCACCUCAACUCCAUGGCAGACCAGCUCGUGACAGCGCUGCCGUCGGGGUUGUCAGGCAUGGUGGGCAUGAUUCGUAACUGGCUGUUCACCCUGUUCUAUUGUGUCAGCGAGCUGUGGGGCGACGUGGUGCUGAGCCUUCUGUUCUGGGGGCUGGCCAAUGAGACCACAAGCAUUGAGGAUGCGCCGCUGCUGUACCCUCUGUUUGGCAUCGGGGCAAACAUUGCGCAGACCAUGGCAGGCCGCGUGCUGCGCCUGUUUAGUGAUGCGGGCAGCAGCAGCCAGCUCCACUAUGCGUCACAGCUGCAGAGCAUCAUGUUCCUGUGCCUUGGCCUGGGUGGCGUGAUCCUGGCGCUGCAUGCCUGGAUCUCGCGCACAUUCCCAAAGAACCCCAAGGGAUCUACAGCACUCAAGCUGGCAGCGCAGCGGCGUGCAGUGGCAGCAGGCGCAGCAUCAGACGGCAGCAAGCCCCACCACAGAGCGUUGGACCUGGAGGCUGCGGUGAAGGGACUGAACUAUUGCAGCCUGGAGGAGCAGCAGGAAGCGGCGCAGCGAAAUGGCGCGGCGCCGCCACCAGCUAAUGGCACGGCGGCACUGCGCAACAAUGGCGCCGCGCUGCCGCCGCAGCAGACAGCCGUCAACGCUGCUGCAGCAGCAGCGACAGAGACGCCCCUGGCUGGCGGCAACCACGCCCGGAAUGGGCAUGUGGCAGACAGCACGCAGGCGGGGUCCAGCAACCAGGAUGCCGCCGCAGAGGUGGAGCAGCAGCAGGCAAAAAAGAAGCGGAAGAAGGAGGCGAUGAGCAUGAAGGAUGCAUGGCAGUUCCUGUGCAAAAGCCCGCAAAUACAGUGCCUGGCAGUGAUGGCGCUGGCUCAGGGCAUCACCACCAACCUGCUGGACCUGGCCUGGAAGCACUACCUGCACAAGCUGGCCACCACCCCCGCAGCCUACUCUGCGUUCCUGGGCGACACAGCCAUGUGGACCGGCAUUGUCACGGGCACCCUCAUGUUUGCCUCGCCGCUGCUGUUUGACCGCAUCGGCUGGCGUGGUGUGGCCUCUGUCACCCCCAACUUCAUGCUCUUUGCGGGCCUGCCCUUCUUCGCCGGCUGCAUCGCCUUCACCUUCAUGGCGGGGUCGCUGGCAGUAGGGCCCGCCGGCAUGGUGCUGUUUGCGCUGGUCAUGACGGGCGCCGUCAUGCAGGUGUUCAGCCGCGGCGCCAAGUUCUCCCUGUUCAAACCUGCCGAGGAGAUGGUGUAUAUCGGGCUGGAUGACGAGUCGCGCACCAAGGGCAAGGCCGCCAUCGACGUGGUGGGCGCGCAGAGCGGCAAGAGCAUCGGCAGCGUGCUGCAGCAGGCGCUGCUCAUCCUCAGCGGCGGCACCCUGGGCGGCAUUUUGCCCCUGCUGGCCGUCUUCUAUGCUGUGAUGCUGCGCAGCUGGACACGGGCGGUUGAUGAUCUGGCGGAGCACUAUGACCCCAGCCACGCCCAUCGCAUGAGCGUGGCUGGCAGCCUGGAUGAGGAUGACGUGGCGGGUGUGCUGCCGCCGGUGGCGGUUGGCGGGGGCCCCGAUGGCGAUGACUACGGUGGCGCGGCGGCAUCCGCGCCAGGGCGGACACCCACACCCGCAUAUUGA